UCACGUGCCGAGGCUUCAGGUGUCGUUUUUUUUGUGGUCGGCUCUAUUUUGAUGCAGUUGGCAAAAAACGACAUUUAUAUAGUGAGAAGCAUGUAUUUGUGAAUAUUACGCUUUAGUCGAUACGGAUAUGUUUAAGGAAACGCAAAGAUUCUAGUUGCAGACAUGUUUGCGUUUGUUUCGGCUAACCUUGCAUGCUACUGUUUGUAGCCCUAGCCAGCCAGUUGGCAUGGCAUGAAUUCCGCAAACCAGAGGAGGUCAAGAAUGCGUCGAGCUAGCUAACACGAUAUUUUAAUACUAUCCGCUGCUUGUUAUUUUUAGCAAUGAACGUAACGUCGCUUGGACUACUUGAUUUCCUGUCUUUUUUUCCUGUGCCGUACAGAUAAACUGUUACUGGAAACCCCUCCUCGAUCUUCUUCUUAGGGACGAGCCGAAAUGGACGCCCCAGUCCCAUCACCCCAAACAGAUUUCUAGCGGUACCGACAACUCCAGACCAUCACAUACAGGCUCUACCGUGACUACAAACCAAAUCGUGUCUAUCUUUGUUUUCUAUGACAUACCCAGUUUAUGCCCAGCUAGAUUCAGUGGAAUCGCUCCUGGACGAACUCCCAUAUAUGUUUUAUUUGGGCCUGUUCUUUGUGAACGUCCUCAUCCUCUACUAUGCCUUUCUGAUGGAGUACAUCGUCCUGAAUGUGGGGAUAGUAUUUCUGCCUGAGGAUAUGGACCAGGCGCUGGUGGAUCUCGGGGUGCUGUCUGACCCGGCCUCUGUCCCCUACGACACAGACACGGAGUUGGAUGUGUUUGAGGGUUAUCUGGAAUGACCUGACACGGCUGAGGAGGCAGAGGCUGUGGGCCAGUGUGAACAAUCCCCCCGUUAUUAUGGGAGAAAAUGCCUCAAACUCGGCUCUUUUGCAACCUUCCUCUCAUAGAGACAUUUAAAAACAAGGUGCCCUGGCUCAAAAGAAGACAGCCCAAAGAAGAUAUUUAAACUAUGCUGACCACAUGGUCUGUCCCAUGGGAAGAUCAGUCUCUGCCAGAUCAGCUGUGUUGGCUCUAUUUGGACACCAGGGGGUCAGCACUGUCACAUGUGACCCGCACUUAAAUCAUAAUGAAAAGGAUGCAGCACAUGCUGUAUGCAACUGCAAAGGGACAGCUGCUCCCUUUAUCUUAAAGCUGGAGCAGGUUCUUUCCUCCCGUAUUGUUUAGAUCCAGCUGAGACAUUUCAGAUGAACUGGUUACAAGCAGAUGGACAGUAUCCCUUGUAGGCAUGUUGCUUUGUUCUAUUACUCUGAGAACAAACUGUUUCACCAUUUGUACACAGGAUCUAUUGCUGCUUUGCAGACUCACUCAUCCUCCAGGCUUCUGUCAAAAUAUGUCUUGGGGUUAUUCAUACUGUAUUUCAGCAUCAGGGAUAUGCACUCUCAGGAGCACCGUGAAGAACUCUGGGCAUGCUGGCAAAACAUCACACUGGAGAUCAGGGUGUGUUUCUGCAGGAUGAAAGAGAGUUAAACUUUUUUUUAAUGUGCUUGUCAUGCUUUUCACUGGUAUGCAGAAUGUAUUCAAGUAACCAGAUAUAGGUUGAAGCAGUACGUCUGUGUUAGCCACAAAAGAAUUUAAUAGUCACAAGAAUUUGAGUUAAGUGAAUUUAAUAGUCCACAAUAGACACAUUUUGGCUAAAUGUGCCAUAUCUCAUGGAAGGGGAAAAAAAUCUAAAUGAUUGCAUAAGAUUUAAUAAUGUUCAUCCUCUGUUCAACACGACUGUCAAAGCACGACUGUCAAUGCAUGAUGUUGUGUUUUAAAGGAUUUGAUUUAACUGAAAUUUAAGUUAGCUAAAUUCUGUAUUGUUAGAAAUUUAGAAUUCCUUUUUAUGAAGUGUAUGUUUCCACAGCAAUAAUAAACUGGAGGCAAACAAGG